AUGACCAAGGACAAUGGAAGUCAGCCACUGCGUGAGCUUAAAAUCAGAUGGCCAAAGCUUGAUGUGACUGUUACAGCCAGAAUGCAUGAUUUGAAUACUGCACUUGUGGAUCUUCUGUGGGAUACGCUCCCGUAUCGCUCUCUCCAAACGCAUGCUGUUGUAACGGGUGAUCACCUUUAUCAUCUUGUUCCGUCGGAGCCGUUGCUUUACACAAACCCUGAGCACAAGGUCCCCGACAGAACACAAGAGCCUGAUGGCACUGUUUUUCUUUCCAAGUUUCAGCAUUUGGCUAUAAAGUAUGGUCGCGUGACUGAGCAUCAGCCUGCAGCACCUUGUGGAAACGUUAUUCCUGAGGAUUUGGAGAAGCUCCGCUGCGUUGGAAAUGAGAUUUGGAAAAGUCAAUUUGAGACAAAAGAUCCAAUUGAAGUGAUUCUUUGGGAUGGUGCGACUCCUGAGCCUGGUGUUGAAAGGCUGUCCCUUCGUCUUCAACGCACUGGGGUGACAGAAGAGGUGAAGAAUGUUGUUCAAGAGAUCCACCAAGAGACAGACAAGUCUUGGUCAGGGGUAUCACACGAUGUCCAAAUAAUACAUAGCGGUCGUGCUUCUUCAAAGCCAGGAGCGAAGAACUCUUACUUUGCUACCAUGCUUUUCUGCAACAGUGAGGUUCGCACUCUGGGCUAUUACCACUUAGACAAUAUACUCGAGAUCGCUGUCUCAAACCCUGAGUUUGAUCUCAAACAUCUGAUCAUGCUUUAUCGAAAGCUCGUCUCCACUCCUGCUGAGUUCCUGGGAUACAUCGGCCAGGAAUACCUCCAUAACAGCCACCGCAAAGUCAAUGAGCUUAUCACCCUCCAUGUUGAAAAGAACCCCAAUCAAUCGGACGCUCGUGAGGAUUUGCUUGCCAUGGUGAGCGUCUUGGCGCAGUAUAUCAAUCUGCUCAAUGCCCAGAACCUGCUCAUGUUCCCCUGGAAACACACUGCGGAGUAUACUAUCCCGUGCAACUAA